GUAAAACAAAAAAUGGAUUCUAGUCAUGAUAGCAGUUCAAGCGAUGAACGGGAAACUUCUGUGGACACCAACGGGGAUAAGAAGAUUUACCAUCGGCACACCAAUGAGCAAAUUCAACGGCUCGAAGCGUAUUUCAAGGAAUGUCCUCAUCCAGACGAUGUACAGCGACGUAAACUGGGCGAAGAGCUUAGCCUUAGACCGAAACAAAUCAAAUUUUGGUUUCAAAACAAAAGGACACAAGCCAAAGCUCAAAGUGAAAAAGCAGACAACACAGCACUUAGACAAGAGAACAUAAGGAUCAAAUGCGAAAACGAUGCAAUGGCAGAGGCGAUAAAGACUGUGCUUUGCCCUCCAUGCGGUGGCCCUCUUUUUGGGAGAGAAGAACGUGAGCUCCGUCUCCAAAACCUGCGUGCACAGAACGCUUAUCUCAAAAGAGAGCUCGAGAAGCUCGCAAUUUACCGAAACCCGAACGGAGGCCCGUCAGUACCUGGCGUUGGCGUUGAUUCCUUAGCUGCUCUCCCUGGUCCAUCAUCGCACGCACCGAUCUCCGAUAAUCCUCAGGUCGCCUAUGGAACCUCUUCGAACCAGCAAGUCGAGCCAUUAAGCUUGGUACCAAGUCCAUACAUUGCUGAGGACAUCAACAUCGCCCAACCGCCUCGGCCUAGGCAACUGCAGAACUACCAGUCGCAAUCUCAAAUGGAAACUAUGAUGCUGGCUGAAAUGGCGAUGAAUGCCGUGGCAGAGGUUACAAGGCUGAUUCAGUUCGAAGAACCGAUGUGGAUCAAGUCGUCUAUCGAUGGUAGACUCGUCAUUGAUCAAGACAACUAUGAGAAGCUGUUUACAAAGAUUAACCACUUUAAGAACCCAAGUGCUCGUAUUGAGUCUUCUAAGGAAGUCGUGGUGGUUCCAAUGGAUGCAAUAAGCUUGGUCGACAUGUUCUUAGAUGCGGAGAAGUGGGGGAUGAUGUUCGCAACAAUCGUGAACGAAGCUAAAACGAUUCAAGUGCUGGAAUCCGUGGAUCCACAGAGACAAAACGUCUCGAAAUUGAUGUAUGAGCAACUGCACAUAUUGUCACCAUUGGUGCCACCGAGGGAGUUUAUGAUACUUCGAACUUGCCAGAGAGUGGAAGAAGGACUCUGGGUGAUUGCUGACGUGUCGUGUCACCACAUAAACUUUGAAUUUGAGUUUACGACUCCGACUUGCUCCAAACGUCCCUCAGGCUUUCUCAUCCAAGCCCUGCCCAAUGCUCGCUCUAAGGUGACGUGGAUGGAGCACGUGGAAGUUAAUGAUAAAGUGCGGACACAUCGGCUUUACAGAGACCUCUUAUGCGGCGGCUUUGGCUACGGAGCUCGCCGUUGGACCGCUACUCUUCAGAGAAUGUGUGAGAGGCUGUCUCUCACCUCCAUCUCUGUCUUCCCCGCCACCGACCAUGCCGGAGUAGUGAAAACUAUAGAAGGGAGAAGGAGCGUCAUGAAGCUAGGAGAAAGAAUGCUGAAGAAUUUUGCAUGGGCACUAAAAAUGUCUGGCAAAUUCGAUUUUUCGCAGCUGUCUGAAACCAACAGUAGCGGAGUUAGGGUUUCGGUGAGGAUAAACGAAGAUCCCGGUCAGCCACUCGGUCUGAUUGUCUGCGCCGGUUCAUCUUUAUGUCUCCCGGUAUCUCCUCUCCAAAUCUACCAUUUCCUCAGGAAUGUCGACGUUCGUCACCAGUGGGACGUUCUCUGCCAUGGUAAUGAUGUCUCUGAGCUCGCUCGCUUUGUCACUGGAACAAACAGUGAGAACUGUGUGAAUUUCAUCCAGCCUUCAACUACCACGGAGAAUGGUGAUAUGAUGAUCAUACAAGAUGGCUUCAUCGAUGCAUUGGGAGGUAUGGUGGUGUACGCUCCAGUGGAUCUGAACACAGCAUAUACCAUCGUUUCAGGCAAUACCGAUCCUUCCGGCAUUGCAGUCCUCCCGUCCGGUUUCAUCAUCUCCCGUGACGGCCGUCCUUCCGCCGCUGAGCUCGACGGUGGUCCCGAAAACUCUGCGACGAUCCUCACGGUGGCUUUCCAGAUCCUCGUCUGUGGUCAGGCUCUCACUGGGGAUCUCCGCAUGGAGGAAUCCACCGCCACAGUCAAUACCCUGAUUAGCUCCACCAUUCAAAGGAUCAAAGGCAUGCUUAACUGCGACGAGGGUCGUCAGUGAGAGUUUCACCCACCAGUUUCGCAAAUCAACAAACUAUUUGGUUUCUUUUCUUGUUUUUGAAUAAUGUUUUUGAGUGAGAAGACUAUUCUCGGAUGAUUCUUUAUUGAGUCAUACAAACUCAUUCCUUUUAAUAAUUUCUUUCUUGGUUUGUAAUAAUUUCUAAGGGUGUGCCUUAGAUAAACAGUAUUUCUGCUGUUGCCUUUUGGCGUAUUUGUUUUUGAUUUUAUUGUUGUAAGACUAUAAGCGGUUAUUGAGCUGUUAUUGCUUAAUUUCAGCAUUUAUAUAUAUAAAAUAAAAUUUAUUAUGA